AUGUUGGCAAAAAUAAAAAAGUCGACAAGUUAUCCUCUUAUUGAUAGAUUGAUCCGCCUUGUAUUGACUUUACCUGUUUCAACUGCUACAUCAGAACGUGCAUUUUCAGCUAUGAAACUCAUUAAGUCUAAAUUGCGCAAUAUGAUAGAAGAUGGUUUUCUGGCUAGUUAUUUGAUUGCGUACAUUGAAAAAGACAUUGCUCGAGGGUUUGAUGUAGAUUCUAUCAUCCAUGCUUUUGAUAUUAUGAAAGAGCGUCAAGUUCAAUUGAAGAUGCCUAAUUUUAAUUCUGGAGUGCUUGACACAAAUAUGGAGGCCUUAGGGAGGAAAAUGGUAAAGCUGUGUGCUGGUUUACCAUUAGCAAUCGUUGUGCUUGGUGGACUUUUGGCAACAAAGCGUCACUUUCCGGAGGAUUUUAGGAUAGGUGCUGAAAGAUAUCACUUGUGGAUAGCUGAUGGUAUAAUUGUAGAUGAUGAUAGAGUGGGGGAUGAAACAAUAAUGGAUGUGGCAAAACGUUACUUGGGUGCGCUUGCACAGAGGUGCAUGGUUCAAGUACAAGUAGAGACGUAUACUCAAAGGAUCAAUUAUUGUCGCAUUCAUGAUCUCAUGCUAGAGCUAUGUUUGUCAAAGGCAAAAAUAAAGGAUUUUCUUCGAAUCAUUUUUCUCCAACGUGAAACUAAUCUAGCUAUUUGCUUUUCCACUACAUCAACAACUACUAUUCCAAAAAUGCGCAGGCUUGCAAUUCAUUUGAAUAGGGAUGUCCAAAGUGUUUUCCUCCCUGACUUUGAGACAACUAAUCAGCUAAGAUCAAUAUUAUUCUGCAAUCGAGGAGUGUAUUUGACUGAGUUGAACUCCCAUUUCAAGUACUUCAAAUUGCUUAGGAAUUUGGAUCUUGAAGGAUUUUGCUUUGAUAAAAAGUUCGUCAAAUCAAUAGGUGACCUAAUUAGCUUGAGGUACUUGAGUUUUAGAAGAUGUUUGAUACCGAAGUGGCAUUCGUCUAUCUGCAAGUUGAAAUACUUGCAAACCUUGGAUUUACGAAAUUGCCACUUCAACUCAGGUGAAGUAAUAGUCUUACAUAGAAUGGAACAAUUGAGGCAUUUGUAUAUUCAGUUGGAUCUCGAUGUCAAAUUAAAAUUUGAUGGGUUGAGCAACCUCGAAACAUUAGGAGGGUUUGACACAGGGUCUUGUGACGUGAAUGAUCUGUGUAAAUUGAUCAAUCUUCGGCGAGUAAGAAGAUGCAACUUUCUGGAAGAGGAGCAAUCAGGACUUGGCGGCUUUCAUCAACUACCUAAACAUCAGUGCCAACCACCUUCGACAAACAUCCUUAUAUAUUUACCAGAGCACUGCCAGGGUUUCUCUCCCAGCCUCAUCGAGUUAAAGUUGUCUGGAUGUGAACUUGAAGAAGACCCUAUGCCAACAUUAGAGAGGCUACCUAACCUACAAUAUCUCUAUUUAGGUAGUUCUGACAUUGAAGACAAAUUGGUUAACUCCGCUGAUGGUUUCCCCCAACUCAAAAUGGUUUGCUCCGCUAAUGGCUUCCUCCAACUCAAAACCCUAGAACUCAAUCGGUUUUACAACUUAAACGAGUGGGAGGUGGAAAAAGGAGCCAUGCCCAAUCUCUCUUCUUUAGAAAUUGAAUGUUGCCCAGGACUAGAAAUGGUUCCAGAGGGACUGAGAUUCGUUGCUACCCUCCAACGAUUUACAAUUAGGGCUAUGAGCCAAAAUUUCAAGAACAAGCUUCGAAGGAUCAAUGGUGAAGAAGGAGAAGAUUUUUACAAAGUGCGACAUGUGUCCUACCUCGACAUUCGGUAA